UAUAUAUAUAUACUAGGAUACAUCAUACAGUACAUUUACGUAGAAUACUAUUGUUAUAUAUGUGUUAAACAAUGGAGUUGCCUGUGAUACUCGUAAUAUGUAGUGUCAUUUUCUCACGUUGCCAUGGUGAUUAUACGUGUCUUUGUAACUACAAUGUGGAAAUACCAGUUUACAGUGGUGCCGACAGAUCAACACAGGUGCUCGGGUACUUGUAUGAGUUUGAUUGCAAGAACCUGUUAUCAGACAGCAAUCCGACCUGGUCACCCAUAGAGUUCGAACAUAAGAUGGGUUUUAUAGAAAAUAAUGGCCAAGUAAAGAUUCAGACCUGCCCGGGAGAUAUCCCAGACGAGGACAGAAUAAAAUCUACAAGUGUCCCGAAAUCAACAUUGCUUACAACUAAAGUGACAACAAGCGAAACGAAAACGGUAGCAUCUUCAUUUUCGUCUGCCAAAAUGACCUCUCCACCCACAACCUCGACUUUCCACCAAACCUCUUUAUUACCACCUACUAUAACCUCCUUGUCGCCUACUUCACUCCCUGCUACUACUAUACCUGGAAGUAGCAUUUCAUCAGAUUUAACUAGACGUUAUAAUUCUUUUACUACACAGACCUCAAAUCAUUCAUCAACAUCAAUUUCAACUGAUUUAAGCACUCAUAACAUCUCGUCCACAAUUUCUACUACUACAACGCUUUACACUCUUUUAAGUAUGACAAAUUCAUCUACAAAAGCAUUGGCCAAAUUAUCUACAAGUAAUAAAUCACAGAAGCUUUCAUCAACACAGUCCAGUAUUACAACUAUAUCGACAAAGCCCAAAACUAACCCUUUGUCUUCAUUUUCAUCCUCAAAACUUUCCACGUUCACAACUAUUAUUCCCGUUUCUUCAAUAGUUACGAAUGCCCUUUCUACUAAUCUUGUCUCCGCAUCAACCAGUAACGGAACUCCUCAAAAUCCAUCAACAAAAAAUUCUUUAAUUCAAUCUCUCCCAACUUCUAUCACUCCCCAUUCCUCUACUUAUGAAUUUGGCAGUGAUUCUACGCCGCUUCCAGACUUUUUUUCUACAUUAAAUUCUUCUAGUACACCAGCGCCUUCAGAACAGUCAACAUUUUUAUCAACACGUUCAAAGUCAUCGUCGUCGUCGAGCUCAACGUUUACAAGAAAACCACACACAUUCACACAGCAAUUAACAAUGUCACCAGGUUCUAGUAACUUUACCACCACGCCAGACAGUUCAAAAACACCAUCGUAUUAUCCAAGUUCGUAUACUGUGGCAUCUGUUUCUACGCGUGUACCUCCGACAACUCUUUCAAGCACUUCCGACCAAACAUUUAUAGAGAAUUCUACCCACACUACUGAAAACGUUCCAGUUUCGGACAGAGUGGACCUUUGCCCUUAUAGGAACCUUGCUAUGUCUGUGUACAACAGAACUACAUUCACGUAUCCUUUAUUUCGACAGUAUGGAAGUUACUGCUACGAGCUCCGCCUUACCUUGGGCAACUGGUUUGAAGCACAGCGUGACUGUGUGUCUCGCGGAGGGGAACUAGCGGUCAUUCAGAACGAAGAAGUGCAAGAGCGUGUGUUCAAUCUGACAACAUCGCUUCAAUAUAAAACGGAUGUUUGGAUAGGACUUCAAGACCUAAAUCUAGAAGGACGUUGGGAAUGGGUAAAUGGAGAAAAACUGGCGAAGACAAGCUUCAACAAAGGAAUAUUGAUCAACCCUGUCUUAAGUGAUGCUCAAGAUUGUGUGCUUAUGGAUGGGAAAUCUGGAAUUUGGAAAAAUACAGCAUGUAAAACGUUUUUGUUAGAUAUCCAGUCAUAUCCGUGGGUUUGUCAGUAUAAAAUGACGUAACAUAUUACCAUCCCCAAAGAUACACAGUACCAGUACCAGUAGUACCAGUACUAGUGGUAGAGAAGGCAGCUAACUGGAAAAAUAACAGCUAUCAUUCCACAUAUAUUUCAACGUAAUGAUAAAUAGUUAUCUGCCAAUGUGUGCAAAUUUGUUUCAUAAUAAAAUUACAAAGAACUUGUACCGUUUUGUAGAAAACUAUUAAAUAAUCGAUUUUUAUCGUCCUGUUAAAAGUUCAUUAAAAGAUAUGUUACUUGAAUAAACUUGAAUUCGUUUUUUUUCACGACAAUACAAAUUUUCCUGCAGAAUGCAAAGUAUAAUUAAAAGAAUUAUCACUUUUCAUACAUCUUAUCAGCUAAUAGGUUUUCCACUGAUAGAAGAUUGAAGGAAAAUGCUUCUUCAUUUUUAUUUAACAUUUAGAAAACACAAUUUAUGCCAGCCAUUUGAAACCAAAAUUAAAAAAAAGAUAUUUAUUAAGGACGCCAUUUAAACAAGGAGAGCCUCAAUAACCUGUCAUCGCUGACCUGAGUAAUGGCUUAGUCGUUUGCAAAUUAGCUAAAAUACAGUUGAAAAUCGACAUUCCGAACUCGCUUUUCUUAAAGACGUUUUCAAGUCCCAUCCCGAAAACACCUGUACGGAAUAACACUUUAACUCGAAUUUCGGUUAUAUCGAAACAAAAUGUCCGAUCCCUUGGAAUUCGAGCGUAUUUACUCUAUUUUUGUACUAAAAUUAAAGCACUGCUGGUCAUAAAUCGUCAUCAGACUCAUGUUAUUUCUUUAUGUUUGCGGUAAUAUACAUUCUAUAUGAUGUUACUAUCGAUUACUUGAUAAAUGAAGUUUUAAAAUAUUAGCAAUGUGAAAUAUUGCGAUUUUUACUAACUCAAGGAUAAUAACUGCAGUCUUUCCGAAGUUAAUUCGCCAAUGUUUUUCAGAACUCGUGAUAAGCAUUUAAAAUCUAUAUAAGUUUCAUAAAUACUAGAUAUCACACCCUAUAAACGACUGUAGCCCCCUCUUCCUCUUGCGAGUGAUCAAAACAAUAAACUGACAGCUAAAAGUUAAAAAAAUAACAUUUUAAAGUGACUGAUUUGCUUUGAAGGCAUGUAUAUUUACAUUUUAUUGGAAGCUGAACAUGAUUUGUUUCUGUAUAGAAUGUGUUAGUCUGAUGACAGGUAGAAUUAUAGCAAAAAACUCGAUUGAUCACUGAUUU